UUAUUUAUUUUUAUUAUUUUAAUAACGAACUUUGGUUCAAAAUUUUUGUUGUACACAGUAGUUUGCAGCCCGAGUGAAAGGCCUUUGGAAAACUAUGUUUGGAACAAAAUUGCGACCACCGCGCUUUAUUUCCCGCCAUCUCCGCCAUGUGAACAUCUCUGAGAAGCUGCUACUCCUCUUGAAAGAAUGCGCAUCCACCAACCAACUGCAACAGGUUCACACCCAAAUGCUCGUAAACUGCAUUGACAAACCCAAUUUCCUUCUCCCCAAAAUCAUUGACCUCAAAGACUACAACUACGCUUCCCUUCUCUUCUCCAAUAUACCCCAACCCGAUGACUACGCUUUCAACGUCAUGAUCCGUGGUCUCACCACUACAUGGCACAAUUACCCUCUUGCUCUUCAAUUCUAUUACCACAUGAAGUUUUUAGGCCUCAGGCCUAAUAAUUUCACAUACCCAUUUCUUUUCAUCUCCUGUGCGAACCUUUUGGCGAUGAAUCAUGGACGGGCGGCUCACUCUUCGGUGUUUAAGAUUGGGUUGGAUAGUGAUGGACAUGUGAGUCACUCUUUGAUCACCAUGUACGCAAGGUAUGGUGAAUUGGGUUGUGCACGGAAACUGUUCGAUGAAAUUAGUGUGAGGGAUUUGGUUUCGUGGAAUUCGAUGAUUUCAGGGUAUUCAAAGAUGGGUUAUGCGCAGAAUGCAGUUGGGUUGUUUAGGGAAAUGAGGGAUGCUGGUUUUGAGCCUGAUGAAACGAGUUUGGUGAGUGUUCUUGGGGCUUGUGGGGACUUGGGGGAUUUGAGUUUUGGGAGGAGUUUGGAGGAGUUUGUUGUCGAAAAUAAGAUGGAGAUUAAUUCACAUUUGGGGUCUGCAUUGAUCGGUAUGUAUGGAAAGUGUGGUGAUUUGCUUUCUGCAAGGAGAGUUUUUGACAGUAUGAACAGAAAAGAUCGUGUAACUUGGAAUGCCAUGAUUACAGGGUAUGCUCAAAAUGGUAUGUCAGAUGAAGCAAUCAUGCUGUUUGAUGGCAUGAAAGAGGCAGGUGUUGAUAUAGAUAAAAUCACAUUGGUUGGAGUGCUGUCUGCAUGUGCUUCAGUUGGGGCUUUAGAUGUGGGAAUAUGGAUUGAUAAGUUUGCAUCACAAAGAGGCUUACAACAUGAUGUCUAUGUUGCUACUGCAUUAACCGAUAUGUAUGCUAAGUGUGGUUGCUUAGACAAUGCACUGAGGGUUUUUGAAGACAUGCCCCUGAAAAAUGAAGUCUCUUGGAAUGCCAUGAUAUCUGCCCUUGCUUUCCAUGGGAGAGCCAUGGAAGCCAUAUCCCUAUUUAAACGCAUGAUUAAGGAGGAUGGGGCUGCCAGGCCGAAUGACAUUACAUUUGUAGGACUGCUUUCUGCCUGUGUGCAUGUUGGGUUGGUUGAUGAAGGUCGACGAUUAUUUAAUUCGAUGAGCUCUACAUUUAGAUUGGUUCCAAAAAUAGAGCAUUAUUCUUGCAUGGUUGAUCUUUUGGCACGUGCAGGACUUAUACAUGAAGCUUGGGACUUCAUUGAGAAAAUGCCUGAAAAACCAGAUGAAGUUGUCCUUGGGGCAUUGCUUGCUGCCUGUCAUAAAUGCAGAAAUGUUGAUGUCACAGAGCGGGUAACACAGCUUCUUCUGGAGUUGGAGCCUUCGAACUCUGGAAAUUAUGUUAUAUCAUCAAAGAUAUAUGCAAAUUUAAAAAAGUGGGAUGACUCGGCAAGAAUGAGAGUGUUGAUGAGACAGAGGGGUGUCAUUAAGACUCCUGGUUGUAGCUGGGUUGAGGUUGAAAAUCAUAUUCAUGAGUUUCAUGCUGGAGAUGGUUUACACCAUAGUCCACUGGAGAUUCACCAAGUAUUUAGAUUGUUGAAUGAGGAUAUGAAGAGGGAAGGUUAUGUUCCAAAUAUUAAUUUUUUGUAAAACAUACUAUUACAAAAGUGGUUCUGCACCCCAUAGUUGUAAACCAAGCUUCUUGGAAUCUUUUUUGUCUCCGGGUUAGUAUAUUGAAAUAUGUAUCAUAAUAUGUUCAAAAAUUUUUAAGGAAGGGGGAAGGUUUCAAGUAUAAGGACUAUUGUUGACUUAUUAUACAAUACGAUAUUGGUGAUUACUUUUAGGCCAACAUUAUCUUCAAUUUACCCGAAUAUUAUUGACAGAAGUGGUGCUUUAGUGAUGAAGUAUAUGGAUAGAUCCCACAGAGUUAAAUAAUAACUGGUGCAGUAGCACUGUAAGUGAGAAAUUACUUGGGGAGACAGUCGACCAGUCCUACUUAAAUGUGAUGGCUACCUUAGAUCAAAAGAAGGUGUCAGCUGUGGAUAAAGCAAAAAGGCAACUUAAUACCAACGUGACCAUUUCAUUAGAUGAACAGUGGAGAGGAAUAAGGAUUUAUUUACUGUGCGGAACAGAGAAGGGAACAAAAAGACACGAUUGGCUGCAUGUUCCGAUUUGUAUUAUAAAUUUAUAGCAAGAAAAAAUACAUGGGGCCACACCAUGACAUUUUUUGUUCAUCUUUUUUUUUUUUAACAUUAGCUUUGAUUAUGAUUUAAUUUCUUAGUUUUUUUAAAAUAAAAUUUAUGAUUUUUUUUAAAAAAAAAAUUAUCAAUAAAUUCUAGUAAAAUGGGCAACUGGUAUAGUUUGUUCUACAGUUUGUCCUUGUGAGGCUUUUUACUUCAAUCCAAGUUUGUAUACAUGUUUGACGUC